AACAAGUCAACAUAUGUUUUCAGGGCAAACAACGUAGUUUGGCAUUAUUGUCUGUGACAUAACCUCCAUUACAAAAGUUGAAGAAAAAAUACGACAAAUAUGCUGAGAAAGCUGAGUCCACUUGUCCCGCGUCUAUUACACACUACUGCAGCCACCGUUAACACAGUUUCAACACGGCAGUACAGCGAUGGACGCAGUGUCUAUGAACCGGAUUACCUAGAAUCAUUAAAACCCACAUAUCCACAAUAUUCCUGCCUCAAUGUGCAAAUUAAAGGUUACGAUUUUCCGAUACUUGAGAGCUACCAACGCUACUUACACAGUGUUGCAGAAUACCUAGAAAUCGAUGUGUCCGAUUGUUACGCUUUGCCCCCACAAACCACUCGUGUACAAAAACUGCGCCCUAACUCAGCUGUCGUCGACGCCGAGUACAAGUUGACUAUUUACGAACGCACUCUGCAAAUGAUUGAUGUGGCCGCACCUGUGUACCCUGUUUUCUUUCGCAUCGCACAAGCUGCCUUGCCGGAAGGUGUGCAGCUAAGUGUACAAGAGCACUCUGAGGACUUUGAAGAGCGCCGCUAUGUACCUGAUCGUGAUCUGCUCGAUUUGAAGGCAGAAUUGGAACGCAUGCAAGCAGGCGGUAUGGGUGGCCCCAAGAAAAAAUAAUUAUCAAAUAAUUGUUUUUAGUUGUACUUGUACAUGGAUGGUACAGAUAAGCGUACACGUGUACAUACGCAUAUGUAUUUGUUGCAGUUAAUUUAAAUCAUAAAAUGUGAAUAAAAAUACUAAAUUCAACUUA